AUGGCCUCUCGAGAAGCCUCCCCUCUUUCCUCGGUCGGCUUUGCUGAAGAGUCAGACCACGAAUCUAUCAAGCAGGAAAGCCGCGCCCAGUCACCAACGGCCUCCAUCUCCUCCGACAGCUCCGGAGACGUCCCGAACGAACCCAGCCUCCUGGGCGCCCUGGGUAACAACCAAGACGACGAUUACACCGGCCAGAGCACCGACCAAGUCACUAUAUGUCGGUGGGAUGGAUGCAGUGCAGGCGAUCUUGGCAAUAUGGAUGGCCUGGUCCAACACAUCCACAACGAGCACAUCGGCAGCCGACAGAAGCGGUACUCGUGCGAAUGGAUCGACUGCUCCCGUAAAGGCCAAACGCACGCCUCUGCAUAUGCACUUCGUGCUCACAUGCGAAGUCACACUCGCGAAAAGCCCUUCUACUGCACUCUGCCUGAAUGUGACCGCAACUUUACUCGCUCUGACGCAUUGACAAAGCAUAUGCGCUCCGUUCACGAAACAGAUACCCUGCGCCCAUCCGACUCCAAGUCAAACGCCCUUCUCGGACACGUCGCAGGAACCCCUGCCUCCAAGCUACAGCGCAUUCGUCUGAAGCUCUCUCAUCCGCCCAAAGAACCCGGCGCCGAGCCCGAGCCCCACGAAUCCAUCUUAUCCACAUCGAUAGCCGAUGACGAAGACUCAACAAUGCCCGAUUACGGGCCCGAGCUCGGCUUCGACGACCAUGAGCUGGCUAUGCACCCGCAUGAUCUGUACCGUCUACUACGUCGACAGAUUCACUGGGCUGAGAAGGAGUCCGCACAGCUGCGCGCUGAAUGGGAUGAAAUUCGGCCAAAGCGCGAGCAGUCCUGGCUGGAGAAGGAGGCGGUAUUCGACGAUCUUAUCGAUGGCGAGUUGAGACUGUUCAGCGCGAUUGUGGGGGACAUCGGUGGUCCUGCCGUGCCGACGACGAAUUUGUCUACCAGUCUGCAGAAAUUACAGCAUCAGCAGCAGCAAUUCAGGAAUCAACAAGAGCAGGAGCGGAUGCAGGCUAGGGCCGCCGAGCCGGCUGAUGUCAAUUCUGCCGCUUGA